UAUAGUAUAUUUUGAUUCUGCUUAUUAUACUACUUUAUUCCUGAAUGCAACGUUAAGUAAAGCAUCGGCAUCGCGGGCAAACGGUUGUCACGAUUUAAGCACCGUAUUGGGGAAUGCCGUGCAACGCUUAGCGGUUUCGAGGACCGCUUGAAAGUUUGUUUGAAAAGACAUAUUUAUGUAUAUUUAUUUAUGACUAAAGUUAAUAUUUUCUCUCUUUUGUGUGUUAAAUCAUUGAAGAAUUCCGAUCUCGCGCCUCUACUACCGCCGCGUGCGCCGAGGCCGCACAAGUCACAAAAGCCGGGACGUCCAUUUUUCCCAAAGCCGGCUCUAGGACUUCUAGAGCGCCUUCAUCUCGAGCCAGCGCCGAAGCCGUCUAAGGGAAAAGGGGGCAAAGGAAAGAAGUCCAAACCUAAAAACUUCGAAGAAGAAACAACGAAAGAACCCGGACCUAUGAUAAUUAUAAAAGGAGACAAGGAGGAUACUCCAGCGCUGAUGCUGAAGUGCCACCCAGGCACCACAGCGUCUACUGUCACAGCAAUUUGCAAACAAAUUGCUGAAAAAGUCAAUUAUGUGCCAUUGCCACCUCGCAAUGCGCAUCUAACAGAGAAAAAACCAGAGCGCCCGUUGCAACCGAAACCUCGGUUACCAGGAUAUGAAAGUCCAAAUCUGCCAACUGCCACUAGGGCAGACCCGCCAUAUAUGACAGUACCUGGACCUUCGGGAUACCAGCGAUAUUCAGAUGAAUUACCUGACGAAGAGGAGGAUGAGAUCUUUACGAUGGUUUACUUCGAGGCCCCCGAUGGAGACUGCCAAGAUGGGAACGCCUCAGCAGAAGGUCACGGUAAUGACAACGCCAACAAAGUUCGCACACUUUAUGAUCUGCUUGAACACAUGAUCUCUGAAUUGGAAUGCUUGCAAGCACUCGAGCUCUGCGGCUGGGAUAUACCGGCGGCUGUCCAGCUAUUGAAGACCUCACCAAGCAUUAACACAAAUCUUUCUCGCUCUAAUCGUAACAAAACUUUAAAAACUUUAUUAGACACCCACAUCAUAUCACGGCUGAGAAAACUCCAACGAAAGUCACCAGUUACGAAAGUCUAAAAAGAAAAAAAAAUCGGCAUAACGAUUUAGGUUAGAUUGAUUUUUUUUUUUUCAUUCUCACCUAAUCGUCAUACCGUUACAAGGCAAUAGUAUUAUUUAAUUAUGGAAGUCUUGCCGUCCUACUGAGAGUCAUUUAAUGGUUACUUAACCCACUACUUAGAAAUGUUUUCCAUAGAAAAUCGUUACUAAGGAAUAGUUUUAAGUACUCAUUCAAUGUCUCUCUGAGUACGGCAGUUAUUAAGUACUUAUUAAAUGUCAGAGACAUUUAAUACGGCAUUUCAUGUUAGUUUCAGUCAGAUAAGAAAACUUACAUAAGCUAAUCACCAUCAUCAGAUGAACUGGAAUUACGAAGAUGCUUAGCAAUCCCUACAUGGCUUUAAAGGAUUAUUAGUUUCGUUAAAUAUCGGUUCUGUUAUUAUAAACUGAACUUACUUGCUGUUUCUUAAAGUACAAAUUUUAUCUUUAUAAUUUAAUCUUCUGAUAUCAUUAUCAGUUUAAUUUGUGAUGAUUUCAACAUCAAAAUCAUCAACCUAAGUAGCCACUGCUCUGGCUCUGGCUCCAAGUAGCCACUGCCCACUGGCCUCUUAUCGCACGGAGAACGUUUGAGCAUUUAUCACCAGGCUUGCUCAAUGCGGGUUGAUUGAGAUAUAUUUACGGUAUUAUUUUACUAUGGUCACUGUUACCUACAUAUAAUAUGACAUAAAAAGUUGUUCGUUUAAUAACUGCAGUCUUCUUAAAUAAUAUACUUAAAUACAGUUUUAUAGUUCAUAUAAGAAAGAUUGAUAAUAUCUAGCCACUGGUCCUAUAUUUACAUUCAAGUUGUUUCUCAAAUUAGCCAGUACAUUUUACAGUUUUACUUUCAUUCAAACAUCAAUUAUAUUUUUUGCAAACUAAAAUGUAAUAGUUUUGGUAUAUCUUCAAAUUAUAUUGUAUUAUGUUUCUGUAUUAUCGAGUUGAUAUUAGUUUCACAUCAGAAAAACACCAAAGCUUUACAAAUAUGUGUAGAAUAUUAAUUCAGAUACUGUUUGACUACUCAUUAGCCUUGAGUUCGCAAUAAUUAGCCAAAACCCAGAAUUCAAGUAUUUGUUUACGUUGCCUGCAGUUUUUAAAUAAACACUUUGUAAAAAUUUAGGUCAUAUUGUUGAGGUAACAUGUUUUCCGUAGAAGGCACUCGAAAGGUACUUCGACUUCUUAAAACCUGAGAUCAUGCAAUAUUUCCUUUGAAGACAAGGGUGUGGUUUAUUAGUUUAGUAGUAGUUUAGAAUAGAUUAGUUUUGUUCCUAAGGAAAGUCACUAUUCUUCAUCUCCGGCUUACCUUAAUUGGCUGGCUGGAGUGAACGAUGAUGAGAAAUCGGUCUCCCAUCUCUUGCUUGCCUUCAUUGGCCAGUUCAGACCAUCACAGAUGGGGGCCACUAUGGUCAAUGUCUGACCGGAGCUGCUAACAGCCACUAGGGUUAUUGGAGCUCCGGCUCGAAGAAGGAGUAGGAACGGGGUGGUUUUUAGUCAGUAAGAGACUGACGCUCCCUCUCGCCUAACUCGGGGCGAGAGGAGUCUUAUGAUGAUUUUGCCCCCUCAAAAAAAAACACCAACCCGAUUGUUUGUGAUAGGUGGAAUAAGGAUAAGUAGGCCAGUGAUGCAGGUUGCAUACAAUUGGAGCAGAACUUUUACUGCAGUUAUUUUUUUCCAAUUUUGGUAAUUUUUCGGUAACUAGUUUCGGUUGUUUCCCGUUUUUAAGCAUCUAUUGAGGACCACCUGGUUAGAGAGGAAGAAAGAUGAAAGGAAAAUAAUACACUAAAAAUACAACACAAACAAAAGUAGUUAUUAAGUUACGUUACAAUAAAAUACAUUUCAGAAUACUAUGCCUUGUACUUUAUAUGAUAAUCUCGAUAUGAUGUGACGUGCCAUUGGAUUUGGAUAUUCCCUAUUGCGACUCCCUAACUACGCUUCGGGUAACCGUAGCGUCGUUCAAUCUCGUUUAUGACAACAGUACUGCUUUGUAGUACUUAGUCGGUAUAUGUUUCGACAUCAGUAUUACAAUACUCCUGUCUUAAACAUGGUACCGACUCUUCACGAUCUUAACAAUUACAGAACAUGAUGAUGACUAUUAAAUUAUUACCUUGAUGGUAUUUAAGUAGGUUGUAAAUUAACGCGCUUUAUAAUGUGAAACUAUGAAAAGUAUAUUAAAAUAUAUCUCUAUUUAUAUUGUAUUAUAUUUUACACUGGUGGACAAAUAAUUAGGCCAUCUGUCGUAGUUUAAGCAACGCUUUGGUACAAAUUGGAUAAAGCACAUUGAAAUUAUUUUGCUUGUUUCAUCAGCAUUUUAAAGCCGACCGUGCUAGAGCUUAAACAAAAUAUCGAAGCGAAGUCAUUAAUUUUGACUAGAUUUAGUAUUAUGAAGCUAAUAGUUUUAGGAAGCUUGUUUAGAGUGGGUAACGCAAGAGCGACUCCUCUUUUGUUGCAGUCAUGUAAUUGUUCAAAGACUACAAACUGUUCCCUGACAGUAGGGAAAAUUAUCAAUUGGUUUGUUUGCCAAAACUGUGGCAAAAAUACUUAUAGUAUAAUAUUAUUAAAGUUUUAUAGAAUAGAUAAAAUUUUAUUUAAAUUUUAAGAACAGAUGGCUCACUUCUUUGUCCACCGGUCUUAGGACGGUGUCUUACUGUUUUUGUUUUAUACAGUAGUGUAGUAAUACAUAUCAUAGUGUGUCCAUAUCUUUACAUUUCAGCCAGAUGUGGACGCACCUUUGGAUUCGUAUUCUCUGUGAUCAAGAAAUAUCAUUAAGUUUAUUCUUUAUUACUUCUAAAUGUACGCUUUGUAGUGAAUGUAAUGCAUUUCACAAUCUGAAACUAUUAUUACUGGCUCUUUCUUUUUUUUUGGCGGAUUAAUACAGACAUUAUUUAUGAUAGUUACGUUCCAUGAAUUGUCGUGUCAAUCCAUGAUUACAAACUCACCAUAAGAUUAUAGUACUUAGGCGUCCAAAGUGUGAACGACCUUAUAGUGCGUCGACAUAUUAAAAUCCCAUUUAAUGAAACAGUAGUGUACACUUUCCACAUCUGCAAGUACAUAGAGCUCAUCAAGUCGCGUUUGUACCCAAUCAAUAGUCCUAUUUUAUUAUUAUUCUACAUGUAUUGCUCCAUAUAUCAUUCACAUUAAAACACAGAUAUAAUUAAUGAUGAUAUGAAUCGAGUUUUAUAGACAUUUUCUUUAUAAUGUGACAAUACAAUAAUACACAUAAUAUAUAAUGUGAUAAUGAUACAUUGUAUACGUGCCACAACCACUCAAACUAACUGCAGGUUGCUGUAUGGCACAAGAACCAUUCUUAACACUCCCUGACUUUCUUUCCUAAACAAAAUACGUAAUAAAGUUGUUUUAGGUUCACUUACUUAUAUCUUAGGUUGCGGAGGGUAGACGGUAGUAGCUGCAUGUUGUACACGGUCAAAUUCAGCGAACUCAGCGCAGACCCAAACCUAGUCGCGAAAAGGCGUAAGAUGGAGAGACCAAUAUCUACCAGAAUAAAAUCAGAAAGAUCAUUCUUUGCAGAUGAGAUAUUCAUCUGCAAUGUCUUGCAAGCUCUAAUUGCGUUAUAUAACAAAGGUAAGUACGCUAGUAUAGUUGAGAGUGGAUCAAUGGAUGAGAAUGCGUGAGGAAAUUGAUGAAUGUGGAUGAAGCGAAAGAGGUAUGUCAGAAUAGUGUUAUUUAGUGGGAGGAAAGCGUGAGGAUCAGUAUGUUUGUUUAUUUAGUAAGUUAAGUCUUAUCUCUCUCAUCAAAUACCAAGUUUUUCAAGACUAGCGUGAUCUCUAUCGAGUGGUCAUUGCUGAGUUCCUGCUGAAAGUCCGUAUGAAUUGUAGCGAGGCACGGGAACCCUCUGUAACAUAAUGAGAUGGAAAAUAUCAAGUAUUGUGAUAGAUGUAUGUAAGUGGCCGGACAACUGAUGUCUGUACGUCUAUAGUUUACAAGUUUUGUUUACUUAAAACAUAAAUAAUUCUACCUACAUAAAAAUCCAAUUAGAUAUUGUUGAUUAUAGUAUGAUUACAUUUUGAAAUUACAUUAGUCAAGUCAAAUAAUUUAUUCCAAUUAAAUCAGUACGUUUGAUAUUUCAACAAAUAAAUAAAUAAAUAAUAGUCUGUCAGUCUGUCCGUCAGUGAAGCUAGAUGCUAGGUAGAUUUGAAGAAAUGUUUACAAAACUCGGUUGUCGGUAUAAUGAGUUACACAAAUGAUGAACUCGUUUUUUCAAACCAAGUCCUUCUAAUAAAUGAACAUAUUCAGUUAACAGAGUCCGAUAACGCUGUAUUAUUAUCAUCUUAUAGAACUAGUUACUAUUGCUUAACAACGAUGUAUCAAACUUAAAGUACAAAAUCCAACAUUACGCCAAUCAAUACAUUCCAUUAAUGGUUUUGAAAGAGCAAAUAGUUACUUAAAUUAGUGCGUUUAAAAUCUAAUCCAUGAUCGCUUUAUAGUAGUAAUUAGAAGCUAUAUUUUUUACCACAAAAUCUUUGUAUUUAUUAUUAGUAUGUCGUAGGUGUAAUUAUUUAGUAGGACACUGCAUUUCUAUGUAUAGAAUCUAUGAGCGCUUUAUUACCUAGGUAUUACAGUCUAUUUUAAGACAUAAGUAUCAGUAUCUAUAUCAAUAUAGAUAACUUGAUUUCUGGACUAUACGCUAAGACGAUGACGAUACCGCAAUUCGCGACGUCAUCAAACUACCCCGGACAAAACAAACUGAUAAAGACAAUUUUAAGACGGGUAAAAUCCCAUCUAAACUUCGAAACCUUUUUUCACCUUUUGUAAAUACAUUUCUGUAAAUUCAUAUCUGUAAGUUCUUUGUAAUAGAUGUUCGUAUAUAACAUUAUAUUGUUAGCGUGACCCGGAAAUGAAGGUAAAUGAAUGAAGAUUUAUCUAAAUUAAAAUUUUCCGAACCAAAAUGUACAAAAACGUAAUAUAGACUUUAUUUUCUGUGUAUCUGUUGCAGCCAAAGUAUAUAAUGAGCGGUUUGUAGGUAUUUAAAUUCGAAAAAUGUCAAUUUGACAUUGUGAUAAAAUGCUCAAUUAUGCAAUGUUUGAAAUAUUGUAUAUGAAUUGAGCUCUUAUUAAUGUAGUCUGCUUAAAAUCUCGGGAACAAAAGUUGUGAUGUUUUGUGUUAUAUUUCAAACAUUUUACAAUCAGAAUAUUAUCAGAAAGCUCUCUCGUUUCGUUUUCGUUCAACAUAAAGCAAACUCGUACUAAGAGUACAGAAGCGCCUAAUGAGAGAUACACAAUUGCACAUAUUCCAUAUUUAAAAACUAUUCUUAUAAAAUUGUUAUAGUAACUCAAAAUCUUAUAAGACGAGAAUUCAAUUUCAGAAUAAAAGACAAACUGAAUAAUUUCAUUAUAAUUAUAAUAUAAUAUUAGUAUCCAGCCCCAGCAUCACAUGGGUGCAAUGGUGAUAUAUUAUGCAUGUAUUAUAUAUAUAAAAAAAACACUCUAUGUAUUAAAAAAACCGCAACAAAAUCCGCUUCGUAGUUUUAAAAAUUUAAGCAUACAAAGGGACAUAGGGACAGAGAAAGCAACAUAUUUUUAUACUAUGUAGUGAUAAAAUGUAACUAUUUCGGUCAGAUGUGUAAUAAAACUAUUCAUUUCCGAAACUAUUAGCUGUGAUGAUGUUGUAGUGGGUCCAAUACUACACUCUUUUAUCUCAUUUAACCCAAAACGACUAUAAAGAGAAAUAUGUAUUUUUGUAACAUUGUAUGUAAGGUAUAUUAUUUACUUUGGCUGUAACAUUACACUAAGUCAUCUUUGUUCAAAAAGUACGACUGUUUAUGAAACAGUUUAAAGGAUGGUCCACCCAUUAUAUCAUAUUUUAAUCUUGUUUUUACAACAAAAAUCUUCGACAGGGUUGUUGUAUGCUGUGAAGGAGUGAACGCAUUUGAUGUGUUGAAAAUAUAUUUAUUGUAUCGUAUUGUAUUGCAACUGUAUUUAUGAUAGAAAUGUAUUUCGUGUACGUGUAUUUUCUUAUCUAAAUGUUUAGGAGUAAGAUUGAGUCUGAUAGCUCCAAGAGCGGACUGACGCGGAGAUCACAGACUGAUCUUGAUAGGAGCUUUCAAAGACGUACAUAAAUAUAAAUAUAUAUUUAUAUCUAGUCAAAUAUUAAAUAUAUUAUUCUAUUACAUAUAUAUAAUAUUAUGCUUGACACUGUAGGACAGUGUGGUCUAUGUUCAUAUUUGUGAAUCCUGACAAUAAAAUAUAAAAACUUGUCUUCACUAAUUAAUGUUAUUGUGUACAUGUAUCUUCAAGGUGAUACCACCUUCUAAUUGUAUUAGUAAUGCUUUAAAUAUAAAAUUAAUCAAAGUAGAAAAGAAAAAAAAAAAUGAAAAAUCUAAAAAAAAAAUUACUUGUCUACAUAUCUUGUAAGAUAAAUUGUGUUCUAUAUAAGGAGCUUUAAAAGUAUCUGCCACGGCUUAAAUGGGGGGUAGUGUUGUGAGUAGUUUUUUUUUGUAUAAUUAUUUUUUUUUUGCAUACAAAUCUAUGUUUAUGUUAUGAAAGAGCUAACUCUUUCACAGUAUUUGUGGUGCGUAUUUGUGAACUACUUAAUGUAGAGUAGAGUCAGUGUUUAAACAUCUUUAUGUUCUCAAAUUGAAUUAACUAGUCCGGGGUAAAUGAAGCCGCGGCAGAUAAAUUUUAGAUCACCUUAUAUUUAUAAAAAUUGUGACUAAAGUUGUCUUAAUGGCUGUGUCGGGGAUCUAGCUCCUACAUAGCCACUCAGUCCUGGGUUUGAUUCCCGAAUAGGACAUAAGUGUUUUUAGAAGUAAGUAGUUAAAGUCUGAAUGAAAGGCGGUUAAUUAAACCCCGUGUUUUGGUAACACGUAAACCAAGUCCUGCGCCUCAUCUCUUCCCAUUGAAGGAAUUUGAGUGAGAGGUGGAAGGAAAAUAUAGUGCAUUAGUAUUUAGUUAUUGGUACUUGUGCACUAUAUGUUAUGUGUUUUGCCAUUGGCUGCAAUUUGAGACUGGCCGAUGUGCUCAAAUAGCUAGGAAAGCAUAAAUAUAUGAGAUAAAAAUUGAUCUCAAAUUUUAUUAGAUAAAUGUAGAUAAAUUCUACUAAAAAAUGGACUAGCAUUUGGCUAUUGUCAAGUUCUACUUAUUAAAUUAUUAUUGCAUUGUAUAUAGGCGCUUUUUGUCUACGAAUACGUCGGUAUUGUAGGUAAUAAUACCACGUUCGUAUGUUAGCCAAUGAUAAUAAUAUACAUGUUUAAUGUUCUUAAUGUAUUAAUUGUCCAGUGUAUUUGAUUGUAGAAUAAAAUGUAAUGUGGAUUAA